ACGGCGUGUGCGGUCCGACGAAAAUUAGGAUUCUGCUGAUAUUAUAAUCGGUUUGUGAUAGCGACUAGCGUUAAUAUCUAAGAAACUUAUUUCUUGACAAUUAGUAAUGAUUAAAUAAUAGUAUAAUGUUAAUAAUAAAACUAAACUGAUACUAUCGAAAAUUUUACAUCAUGGACGUAAAUAUCAAAAAGUCUUGUCCGAACUGCAGUCAACUUUAUAAUGUAACAUGUAUUGGGUCACAUCUAAAAGGGAACAUUCCCUUGUUCUUGACAUGCGGCCAUACCAUGUGUGAGACAUGCAUUCAGAGCAUCAUCAAAUUUGCCGAGCCUAUUGAGUGCAAGGUGUGCCACCAAAGCUCAGAGAUGACAAUAAGUGACCCGGUCAAACUGGUGAAAAACAAAAGGGACUUUUACAAAAUGUUUCCUGUCAACAUGUCCAUGUUUGGAGAAAUCGCGAUAGAACUCAUGAUGGAAGCUGAUUGUAAAAAUGAUCACAGUGAAAAUUAUUUUGUGGAUCUCAAGUCUAUUAUACAGAACACUGACUACACAACAGGAAAUUGCAUUGAAUGCCACCAAUUUACCACUAAAAUGUGCCAACAGUGCCAAACAAUAUUAUGUGAAAACUGCUUCAACAAGACACACAAAAAUUUUGUAGUCUUCAAGACACAUGUUCUUCAAAAUAUAGGCAAUUUUUCUCUUCCUAAUGUUUGCAAAAUUCACAGUGACAAGACACUUGACUAUUUCUGUAAGGACUGUCAGAAGUCUAUUUGUAUGGACUGCCUAAUGGUGGGAGGUGAAAAGUCUUGUAAGAACCACAAUGUAGCAUCCAUGCAAGAAGUGAAUGAAGGGUUUCUGGAAGACCUGAAUGGGAUAUUUCCAAAAGUAGACGAAACCUUCAGGAGACUUACCAAAACAGCAGUGGAUGUAGGGCACCUGUUGUAUAACAUAGAGAAUGAGACUGGAUCUGCUUCAGAACUGACACAAAUGAUUGCCACGGUUGAGCAACACUUUUCAAAACUGAAUUCCAUAGUACAAAAACAUAAGACUGAAGUUACUGAAAUUAUUACUAAGUUGAAAUGUGCUGAAAAAGAAUCUCUGUAUAAGGUAAAGGAAGAUAUCACAAAAACAAUCAAAAAGGCUAAAGAAGUGAUUAAUACGAUGACUCUUUCACUGGAUAAAAAGAAAAUGAAACAGUUGAACCUGUGCGUUUUACUGGAAGAUGCCAAGCAGAUAGCUGAAUCGCCAUGGUAUUUGAACAAAAGCAACCUCAAGGAUAAAAGUUUGAAUGUGGCUGUCAAUGACGAUGUUUGUAACCUAAUUAGCGAUUACAUACAUUUGGAAGGGAACGUUAAAUCGGGCUACAGCUUGAUCUCAACAGCGGAAUUGGAAGAGGCAACCGAGAUACCCCCAGCACCGGUCGCUCCGGUAUAUCCGCCUGAACUCCCUAAAGACGUGCGUCAAAAGAAUGCCCCUAAGCAGAAACCGGAAAAGGUGAAACCGCCACCAAAGUCGAUGCCUUUCUAUGACUCGUCCUCAAUGUUCCGUAGCAAGGGCGGCUCGACGUCGUCGAUCAACUCGGUCGGGACGGCAGGGAGCGACUCGUCACACAUCAGCGGCGCGACUAGAUUCAGUGAAGCUUUGAGUAGGCCCGUGGUACAACCAGUGUCCCCAUUUACAGAAAGCAGAGUUCCAAAACAACUUCACGAAGGUUCCCAGGAGAUGAUUUACAUCACACAUAUUGUGGAUCCUCAUAAUUUUUAUGUCCAACGAGCUUGCCACCAAACCGUGGUCAAAGAAAUGCUGCGAGAGUUCAAAAAUGCUGUUUCCUCGCCGAAACCAUCCAUAGCGCAUAUUACAGAAGGCAAGUAUAAUCUGGCGUUCAACAAAACCGACAACAUGUGGCAGCGCUGCCGCAUCGUCAGCAUCGACCGCAAGAACCCGGCCAAACCGAUAUGUACUGUGUUCUGUAUCGACUUUGGAAGCACCGAAGUCGUUCCUGCCCAAAAGCUUCGUCUGCUGCAACCAGGCAGAGUUCAGUCGCCGCCGCCGUUAGCAAUCAACUGCUGCUUGGCUAACUGUGAGCCCAAGUGUGGCGCUUGGACCAGUGAAGACUCUUACCUCAUUCAGAAUAUUAUAAAUAAUAAACAAGCGGUGAUAUACAUCCGCAACAUGCAGUCGACGUCGAAUUUCGCCAUGCGGCUGGUGUGCGACGUGACCACGUUCGAGGACGGCGUGAGUCUGGCGCACGCGCUGCUCUUCCACGAGCGCGCCAAACUCAUCAACCCCAAGUUACACUACCCAAAAAUAUCCGGAUUGAGAGAAAAACCAAAAUUGUUCAUGGUGAACAAUAAUUUAAAACUGAAGUCAAAAGAAGAAGUUUACAUAACGCAUAUCUAUAGCCCUGACAAGUUUUAUGUGCGAGAGCGCCACUUACAGAGCGCUUUCGAAAAACUGACCGAGGAUUUGGAGCAAGAGUACAGUUUGGCUCUUAACUCUGAGAGCGUGCAUCUCCCGGAAGUCGGCGUGGUAUACGUGGUGAACACGGAGACGGGGCGGCCCACACAGGCUACGGCGACGGCGGCGGCGGCGUGGGCUCGGGCGCUGGUGCUGGAGCUGCCGGGCCGCGAGCGCGUGCGCGUGCUGCUGGUGGACACGGGCGCCGCGCAGCUCGUGCACUGGCGCGCGCUGCGCCCCGUGCGCCCGCACUUCACGCAGCUGCGCGCGCUGGCGACGGAAUGUCACCUCGCCGGAGUGACACCGUUGAACAAGAAAUGGAGCGCGGCCUCCGUGGCGCUCCUGCACCGCUUCGAGGAGCGCGCGCUGGAGCUGCACGUGGAGGACAACCGCAACCGCGGCUCGCUCGGCGUCACGCUCUACGACAACACCGAGGACGAGCUCGUCUGCGUCAACAACGAGAUGAUCAAAUACAAGUUCGCGAUCACCUUUGGUCUCUUUAGAUUCAACUUGAGCGACAGCGAAAGUCAAGGUGCAACACACAAGGGUCCGCAAGACGAAACAAAGAAAUCAGAACCUAAGCGUAAUGCUAAAAAAAUAAAAAUACUGAGCCACGAUGAUGAUGCCAAAGUAGAUGAUGACACCAAGGUAGAUGAAAAGAAUUUGGAAGCUAAGGAUAAGGGUCCACUCAGGCUCGAAGCCAAGUUGCUGCAGUACCAGUCGCCUUCUCUGCUCUACGUGUCGCUAGUUCACCAGCAGAAGACGUUCAAUCUCUUAUUUGAGAAAAUACAAACAGAAUACUCAAAGGCAAAUUCUGAAAAUGACAAAAAGGAUUGGAAGGAAGGGGACAGAUGUUGCGCAUUCUGUGAGGAAUCCAAAACGUGGCGGCGAGCUGUCAUCGUAGAGUUAGUAGACAACAAAGCUAAGUUGUUCUAUUCUGAUUUUGCACUGGUCGAGGCAGUACCUCUCGAUAAUUUAAGAGUGUUGACCCCUGACUUCGAAUCUUUGGGAGACGCCGCGAUCAAAUGCCAUUUGUCCGGAGUGAUGCCGGCAGUCGGCACCGAAUGGCCUUCACUCACUAAAGAGUAUCUCAAAGAACUACUGGAAGUUUACAAAAGGGUGUUUAUAACCAAAAUAGGGAACUUCAAGGACAGGAGUAUGCCUGUGGAGUUAUGGGUGUACCAUACAACACAGGGCGGUGCUCUGGAGCCCGACACGUCGGAGUGGCGCUGCCUAAACCUGAAAAUAAUUGAACAAGGUCUGGCUAUACCAGACAAAUCUGAGACUGCCGCAGAGGAAUCAAACGCUAAGAACGACGACGACGAAAUGUUGUCGUUCGGGAACUUGACGGGUUCGGUGCGCGAGUGGCUGCAGCUAGAGCCGCUGCCGACCAAGCCGCUGGUGCAGCCGGACGUGACGGGCGCCUCCACCCCCGAGAUGGACGACGUCAACGCUGACAUCGACCAGGUGCAGGCCGGCUGUUCCAGUACUGUGUUCAUAUCUGAUUGGCUGCCUGCUGAGCCUUUGCCGACCAACGAGUUCACUGGGGUGCCAACGUACAUCGACAAUGAUGGUGUAGUCUUCCUACAUCAGCUGGCGCAGGAAGAGACGCUGGAGCUUAUCCGCAAGGCGCUCGAGGUACGCUUCAAGAAGCCCGACCCUAAGGCCAAGUACGCGAAGUGGACCGUGGGCGAGCCGUGCGUGGCGCUGUACUUCCUGGACAACCGUUUCUACAGGGGGCGAGUGUUGGAAGUCAACACAGACACGUCCUCCUGUGUAGUCCAGUACGUAGAUUACGGCAAUGAAGAAAUCUGCUCGUUUGUCAACAUGAGGAAGAGCAUUGCCCUUCAUCAGAUACCCAUACAGGCCCAUAAGUGCAUCCUGGCUCGAAUUCGCCCAAUAGGCAAUCAGUGGGAUAGAACAACGUUGGAUUACAUACACAAAUCAGUCGUAGAGAAACACUGUUUGGUCAAAUUAUCUGGAGAACGUGUCGGCGAUCUCUUGCCGAUAGAGCUGAAAUAUGACAAAUUGUGGAUAAACGACCACCUGGCCGACUUCGAGAUGGCAGAGUAUACCGACGGAUCUAAAACCGUGGUUAAGAAAUUCGCGCCAAACCCAAAUUUAAAGACCCGAAACGAAGACCUGAAAUCUGACUCGGGGCCAGAUUAUAUCGUCGAUGAAGAUGCCGAUAGCGCGGAGCGCCUGUCGUCACACGAUUGUUCCUUCGACGCAAAGUCUUUCGAGACUGCUGAUUGGAAUUUGCUCAUGGAACAAGAAGGCCAGUCAAAACACGAAAAAAUGCUGACUUAUACAAAAAAUGAUAAAAAAGAAUUCCUAUCUAAUAUUAUAAUUAUAAAUGAUUCAGAUACUCUGGAAUUAGCUGUUGUUCAUAACGACGAAGAUAAUUUGUUAUAUGAUGAGAUGUUCCAAUGCUUGCAAAAUGAAGCUGCCGAUUUGCCGCCGCUGAACGGAAUAUAUGAAGAUAAACCAUGCAUUGCUCUGUUUCACGACGAAACCGGCCAACCAGGGUGGUACAGAGCGGCUAUACAACGAUACAGUAAAUCAAAAGGACUCAUUAAAGUACGCUAUGUUGAUUAUGGCAAUACUGACGUCGUUUCUACAUCGAAUGUGAAAGAAAUAAAUGAAAAUUGGUUGAAAUUGCCACCUGCCAGCAUACAGGCUAAUUUAUAUGAAGUCAAAGUAAAUCCCCACGUGGACAUGAAUAUUGUUUCGACUAAAUUUAUUGAAACAUUCCUGGACAAGGGGCCAUUCCAGACUAAAAUCAUAACCUAUGAAAAUUCUAUACCCCAAGUAGAACUUAGAAAUGAAGACGGUAAACUUGUUUACAGCAAGCUCAUAAGCAGCGGAUAUUUGAUUGAGAAUGAUUUGUGUAUCAAUGACAAAUUUUAGUUCUUUUUAUCAUUUAAACAAGUCCAAAACCUUGGGCCUGAACGAAU